CGCGCUGCAGGUCCGCCCGUGGCCGUCGAUGCCCGCGCCUCCCUGCGCAGCCGCAGCCGCUCCAGCUGCAGCAACAGCUGGCGAUGCCAAACAGCAGCCUGGCCCUGGGCAGCCUGCACGGGCUCUACAUCGGCACCGAGUGCCUGGUGGCCCUGCUGGCCACGCUGGGCAACGUGCUGGUGAUGUGGGCGGUGAGGCUGCAGGCGCUGCGCAACACCACGCUGUACUUCAUCGCCUCGCUGGCGCUGGCCGACGCGGCCGUGGGGCUGCUGGUGAUGCCCCUGGCCGUGGUGGUGAGCCUGGGCAUCGCCAUGCCCGCCUACAGCUGCCUCUUCCUCUGCUGCCUGCUGCUGGUGUUCACCAACGCCUCCAUCCUCUCCCUGCUGGCCAUCGCCAUCGACAGGUACCUGCGGGUCAAGCUGCCCACCAGAUAUAAAAUAAUCACCACUGAGAGGAGAGUGUGGUGGGCCCUGGGGCUGUGCUGGUGCCUGUCCCUGCUGGCAGGGCUGGUGCCCAUGUUUGGCUGGAACCAGGCAGGCCCCAGCAGCUCCAGCCCCCUGCGGUGCCGCUUCACGGCCGUGGUGAGGAUGGAUUUCAUGGUGUAUUUCUGCUUCUUCACCUGGACCCUCCUGCCCCUGCUCAUCAUGUGUGCCCUGUACGCCGAGAUCUUCUACAUCAUCCACACAAAGCUCAGCCAAGGCACCGGUGCGAGAGGGGCUGGGGCGUUCUAUGGCCAGGAGUUCAAGACAGCCAAGUCUCUUGCACUUGUUCUCUUCCUGUUUGCAAUCUCCUGGCUGCCUCUGUGCAUCAUAAACUGUGUUUCCUAUUUUUACCCCGAGUCUCAGAUCCCCCCGUAUUUGAUUUACUUGGCAAUCCUUUUAUCCCAUGCCAAUUCUGCCAUGAACCCCAUUAUCUAUGCCUACAAGAUAAAGAAGUUCAAAACCACAUACCUUUUAAUUUUAAGGACCUAUAUCCUGUGCAAAAAACCAGACCCAGCUCUUACAGAGCAAACGACAGACCCACAGUCAUAA